AUGUCGUCGGGCGGCACCCUCACUGCCACCGUCGUGCCCGCGACACCAACACCUCCUGUCCGGCGCAAGGUCGUGACCGAGAAUUGGGACGAUGACUUCGAGUUCUCUCUCCCAGUCAAGCCCAAACGAUCCCCCGCUCCUGGCCCCGCGCUCAAGGGGCUGGCGCUGGCCAGCUGCUCGCGCGACAAUGGCUUCCCUCGCCCCCUCGACAGUUCCGAUAGUCUCGAUGAGGACUGGGACGACCCAGGACCAUCACGGAGCGCGACGGGGUUCGCGUCGACAUCAUCAUCGGCAUUCCCCUCACGCCCAAACUCACACAAGCGUCCCGCUGCACUACUCCAGCUCCCGCGCUCCUCACCCUCCCAGUCCCCGACAUUGCCCUCGGCACCAGCGCGACGCAUGCCACUCACAUUAAACUCGAGCUCGUCUAGCAAUCUCCGCGCCGACCUUUCCGCGUCGCCCGCCCGUACACUCAGCAAGCGGUCGUCCACAUCGUUUACCAAGAGCGACAGCGGCGACUUGAGUUUGCAUGGCGCGUCGCCGGCACACAAGAGCUCACCCAACCUCGCUGACUCUCACCGAGGAACAGGUCGGCUGCGGCGCACCUCCAUGCUUCCGUUGCGACCACAAAGUCCCACCAAGGGUGUGCUCAAGUCUCCUGCAAAGUCACUAGCCAAAGAGCUGCACACUUCGCCCUCAUCGGAGCAACUCAAGAAGCCAAAAUUCUGGAAACGCCUGUCCGGCGCCGCAACCAGCACAAGCACCAACAUCGACGUGACGCUGGACGAUGCGCCACCAGUCCCGCCCUUGCCCCCAAACAUGCGAACGCCCAGCGUGGGGUCAUCGUCCGCGAUUUCAGCCAUGUCCUCUUCGCCGUCCUCCACCUCCAAGUCGCCAGUACAUCGACUAACCGCCAUGCUCCGGCGCUCCUCGAGCAAUCUGUCUGCCGCGCUCAAACACAGUACCCCUUCGCCGCCCCCAUUGCCCCAUCCUCCUCACCCGUACGCCCUCCGCACCGGACAGGAGAGCUCUACGUCUGUGUACGCAUCACGCAGUACUAGGGAGAGCUCGCCAGCUGUCUACGCGCUCCGUCAAGCGCAAGAGAGUUCGCCAUCGAUGCACGCAAUGCGUCACGCGCACGAGGGUCCAUCGCCCAUGUACGCGAUGCGCGCCGCACAGGAAAGCUCAGCAUCCAUGUACGCGAUGCGCCACGCGCAAGAGAGCUCAGCAUCAAUAUACGCUAUGCGCAAUGGCCACGGGAGCGUUGCGUCUGUUGUCUCACCCAUGGGCGCGUCCACCUCGUCAGUCAAUGUGACUAUGGGUGCGGCCCCGAGCAAGGUAUUCGGCGGCGGCCUGCAUCACUCGGCGUCACGACAGAGUCUCGUACCAAGUACGGCAUCGGCAAGCGGAGCGACCACACCCCGACGUCCUAGCCCGAUUAAAGUUGCCCAGAGUGACGUGCCGGCUCCAAGGACAUUCUCGCCCGGUUUCCACCUGCCAAACACUGCGGCCGGGUCACCAUACCGCGUAAUGGCCCAACAACUCAGCCCUGUAGCUUCCACCUCGCGGAGUGGCCCGACUGGCAGCGACACGGAGACGGAGGAGAAUGGGUCUACCACGCCCAGACGGAGGCGGCGCGUCCGUCCGGUUUCGGUGCAGCCGCCCCCGCGCGAAAUAUCCAACGCACGGUUCAGAGAGGUGAACGCCAGCGUCCCAGUGUUGGGGACUGAUCAGCACCAACGCCCCGAGCCAGUGAGAAUCCCUUCUUCGUCGAUCUUGUCGCAAUCUGUUGUCCCCCACACCGACCCCACUUCACCUGCAACUUCUUUGUCGCAAACUAGUAUGAGCAGCAACGGAUUUGGGCACACGACACUCAAGCGCAUCACAUCCUUCUCCAAAAAGCAUGGACGACGGCUUUCGGGAGGCUGGAAGUUUGGCUCUACCUCCUCGACGUCGUCAAUAGAGUCGGAGAUCGCCGUCAUACAGCAAGCCCAAGUUGUGCACAGACUCGAACCAGUGGCAGGUUCACCGUCCAAGCUGCCCACGAUGGACAAAGGUGUUCCAAGCGCGCUCUCUGCAAGCUCCGCUAGCUCGAUUGAUAUUGGGAGCCCCACGACUGUGGAGCACCCGCCUGGGGCACCAGUCACAGUGCCACCUGCAGCCCCGGCGCAGGUAGCAGUACCACUCCCAGAGGCCAAGGUAACAUUAUCACCAUCUGCGAAGCCCCAGGCGUCACCCGUAAAGGCGAAGGCAAAGAACGUCGAGGCUGAGGUCUGGGAUGACUGGGACGAGCCGACGACCACGGCGCGGAAGCGCCCGAGGGAGCGUCGAAGGAUGUCAUUUGGUGACUUUGUCAUUCCAGACAGUGUGCUUGCUAAGCAGAAAGAGCUGAAGCGCGGGAUCGGCGCAGUCAAGAAGUUUGCGGGGGGCGUCGAGGCGCUCAAGUCACUCAUUGAGUCUCAUGAUCGAGUGUGCGACUACAUCCUUGCGAACGGGUCACAGUCUGAGACACGACUUUUUGCCGCGCUCGAGGACGAGUAUGCGCAGUGGUGGGAGAUGGCGACAGUACUCAUUGAGGUUGGCUCAACACGCACGGACGGCGCGUCUGCAAGCGCCGUGCCGAAUCCCCGAAGAGUAACGCUGGCAACGGAGGACGCCCGGGUCGCAGGCGAAGCUUUGCGCCAGGUAUCUGGGGCGAGCAUGUCCUCGUUCGCGUCCACAGCGUCGGGCGAGUCGCGGGACGUGUUCCUUGUUACCAGCAAUGGACCACCGCGAGCGUCGCCUCCACCCGAAUUUGGCCGGGCAUCAACAGGCCGUCACGACCUGUCCAAGCGGCAGCUCGAGGUGCUGCGCACGAUGUUGAGGACACCGGUGGACCGCAGCGAGUCGGUUGUGCCGUCUGUCGACCAACGUCAUGCUACUACCAUGACAGCGCGCAGAGCCAAGCACAUGUCGAUGCCUGCUGUCCCGGUCUCCGCCGCCCCUCCCCCUUUGCCAACGCCGCCAAGAACUCUUGUUGCACCCCGUGGCGCGCAUGGGACACCCUCACCUGAGGGGACAUACAUAUUCCCUUCGCCUGGGUACCCGUCACCGAACACGGCUGCGGUGUUGGCCCAGCCAAAGAAGACCGGCUUGGCGGGUCUCCGCGAGUUCCUUCGCGGCCUCAAGAAAUCCAACACCCCGAGCACUGGUACACCCACUAAAGCGCCGAGAGGCAAGCCGCCGCGCAGGAGACCUGCGCCCAUCAACCUCCUGGCCGCUGAGAAGUAUACGUCCCCGCCAGCAUCACCGCCGAUCACCAGCGGCCCGAGUGACGAGUUCCACACGCAGCGGAGCGCGGCAUCUGGUGGGCUUAGCCCUCGCAAGGAGUUUACCACCACGCCGAAGCGCCGCCGACCAAGCUUGCGCAACAUGUUCCGCCCAGGCUCGGGCAACUGGUCGGACUUGGUGCGCGCGACGCCGCCCACUUCGCCAUUCGUCGGCGAGAACGGCUCGCAGCCGAGCUUGCGCGACAGCGCCCCGCCGACACCGGCACGGCUCUCGCCCGAGAACGGCAGGCCCACACAUGCCUUGCAACGCCCACCGAGCAUUCCGGCGCUGACGAGACUCAAGUCGAACAGCAAGCCGUACGGUGUCGGCGUCAACGUCGACGACGGCUCGACGCGACGAAGGGGCAGCGUGCAGAACGGCGGCACGGUGUUCCCCGCGCAGCCUUCCACGCCGACACUGGGCGAUGCGGCCGUCGUGCCUUCUCCCCCGCCUGCUGACUCGGACGCGACGCUGCGUCUUAAGAAUCGCGUGCGCGGCCUCGGACAUCCGUCCGAGUGCUCGCCGUCGCGCGCGACGUCGUCGCCUGCGCGGGCGAGCGAAAUGCUCCCGCCCGUGGGCGACGAGACACCACGCUGCCGCUCAGACCACGGGCCGCGCGGGCCCGACGUCAUCGCGCUCACGCCGGAAAACCUCCCUGUCCUCCUAGACUAUGUGCAGCAGUGUGAGCGCAGGCUCGACGAGUGGCGUCGCCGCGCGGACCGGCUCGGUGUCAACGGUUGA